AUGGCAGACGACGAAAACGGCCUUAGCGGCGGCUCCAACGAGGUCCCCCCGGAGCCCUGCGCGGGCAGUUGCGAGAACAGCCGCUGCGACGUGCUGACCUGGGAGCAAGUGCAACGCCUGGAUCGUAUCCUGAGCGAAACCAUCCCGAUUCACGGCCGGGGCAACUUCCCCACGCUGGAAAUGCAACCGCGACAGAUCGUGAAGGUGGUGAGGAGCCGCCUGGAGGAGCAAGGCAUCGGCGUGCGCGACGUGCGGCUCAACGGCUCGGCGGCCAGCCACGUCUUGCACCAGGACAGCGGCCUGGGCUACAAGGACUUGGACCUCAUCUUCUGCGCCGAUUUGAAAGGCGAGGCGGAGUUCCAGAGAGUCAAAGACGUCGUCCUGGACUGCCUCUUGGAUUUCUUGCCGGACGGGGUCAACAAGGAGAAGAUCACGCCGCUCACCCUGAAGGAAGCCUACGUACAGAAAAUGGUGAAAGUCUGCAACGAUUCAGACCGAUGGAGCCUCAUCUCAUUAUCCAACAACCGUGGCAAAAAUGUGGAGCUGAAAUUUGUGGACUCUCUGAGGAGGCAGUUUGAGUUCAGUGUAGAUUCUUUUCAGAUCAAGCUGGACUCUCUCCUCCUUUUUUACGAAUGUUCUGAAAACCCAAUGGCUGAAACGUUUCACCCGACUAUAAUUGGGGAGAGCGUCUAUGGGGAUUUCCAAGAAGCCUUUGACCACCUUUGUCACAAGACCAUUGCAACUAGAAAUCCAGAAGAGAUCAGGGGAGGUGGUCUCCUUAAAUACUGCAACCUCCUAGUGAGAGGCUUCAGGGCUGCCUCCGAAUCUGAGAUUAAGUCCCUCCAGAGAUAUAUGUGCUCGAGGUUUUUUAUUGAUUUCUCAGACAUUGGAGAACAGCAGCGCAAGCUGGAGUCUUACUUGCAGAACCACUUUGUGGGACUCGAGGACCGCAAGUAUGACUAUCUCAUGACCCUUCAUGGGGUGGUGAAUGAGAGCACAGUGUGCCUGAUGGGACAUGAGAGGCGACAGACUUUAAACCUGAUCACCAUGCUGGCCAUCCGGGUGCUGGCUGAGCAAAAUAUCAUCCCCAACGUGGCCAACGUCACUUGCUACUACCAGCCAGCCCCUUAUGUAGCGGAUGCUAACUUUAGCAAUUACUAUAUUGCUCAGGUUCAGCCCAUGUUCCCCUGUCAUCAGCACACUUAUUCUACUUGGUUGCCCUGCAACUAAGCAGUUUUAACAAGACUUGGGGAACACGUCUUUUUCCAGCAAGCAAAUAAAGGCGGAGGGUGGUUCUCCUCUUUUAAAAGUGGGAUGUUUUUAGUGCAACGUGGUUUGCUCUUAAUUUUUUUAUUUUAUUUUUUAUUUUUGCUGGAGGAAAGUUCUUCUGGUUCUUCUCUCUAGUAUUAACUGAGCAUGACUUAGAAAAGAACCAAAAGCUAUUGGAUUCCACCCUAGAGUAUGCAACCUGUCUUGAAGAGCAACUAGAUCGCCUUGAAAUAAACCUAGGGGAAAUGGUUGAUGACAAUAUGGGGUUGGCAGUGCUUUGCUCCCAUAGCUAUGGCAGAGAGAGAGAAAAAAAAUCUUGAAAUCAAAAAGGAAUCUUAAGAAGAAGAAGCAAAAAAAAAAACAAACCCUAAAUACGCUUUCAGGAAUUAAAAGUUAGAUGCAGAAAUAUACAGUUAUGUUGGAAUAAGGUGUAUUUUGGAAUUCUCUCUUUGGAGCAUGCAUUAUGCUGCCCAGUGAGGGUCGCCACAGAAUGUAUAGCUUGCUUGAAUAGAAUGCUUUAAGAGAAAUCGCUUGCUC